AUGUAUGCUUUUGUGAGGUUCUUGGAAGACGAUAUGUGCUACGCUUUACCUGCUUCAAAUGUGAAAGAUUUUAGACCUCUGCACAAAACAGAUUUUGAUAAUCAGGUGUAUAUGGUUCUCAGAACAGAAGAGAAUGGUGCAGGCCAGCCGGGCAAAGCACAGAUUCUUGCCCUUGCAGAUAACAUUGAUGAGUUUGAACACAAUAUAAUGCAAAAGAAGAUGAAAAUUCCUAAAAUGUCGACAAGGAAUAUGGGAAUUUCAGUUGAGAACCACUUUGGGGAGGAACGACUGCCAUUGAGACAUAAAAAGGCCCAGACACAGGACCAUGGGCGUCCCACAGCCAACUCCUCGAAGAGCCUGGCAGCGGUGGUGGCCCGCCUGGAGAGGAACGCUGUGAGUUCCUGCAUAGAGGGAGAUGAUGACCUGGAGGAGGACAGGCUGGCUGAGUUGGAAGAGGAGGAGGAGGGGGACUCUGGACCUGAGAAGGCGGUGGUACCGCGGAUUCUGUAUGAGGAGCUGGUCCACAGCUACAGGCAGCAGGAGGAGGAGGUGAGGAGGCUACAGCAGGAGCUGGAGAGAACCCGCAGGCAGCUGGUCCAGCAGGCCAAGAAGCUGAAGGAGUAUGGCAGCCUGCUGACAGAGGUGAAGGAGCUGCGUGACUUCAACAGGAGGCUGCAGGACGUACUCCUCAUGAGGCUCGGCAGCGAGCCUAUGCAUGACAAUGGCACUCAGACAAUCAAAGCAGAGGUGGCGGAGCCUGUCGUUGAGCCACAGGAAGUGUGCAAAGAAGAGGCCAAUACCAGCUCCAGCCACUCACCCUCCCCUAGAACAGUCUACACUUGUAAUGAUGGCAAGGUGCACCUGGGCGGGGGCAUCUGGGUGCAGGAAGAUAAGUGGCACCAGCUACAGCGGACACAGGGAGACUCCAAGUUUACCAAGAACCUGGCCGUCAUGAUCUGGGGCACUGAGACCCUCAAGAACAGGAGUGUCACUGGCGUGGCCACCAAAAAGAAGAAAGAUGCCCUUCCCAAGCCCCCGCUCUCCCCAAGCAAGCUGAAAAUAGUCAGAGAGUGUCUGUAUGACAGAGUGUCUCAAGAAACAGCAGACAGCACAGAGAUCACACAAAGAUUGUCCAAAGUGAACAAAUACAUUUGUGAAAAAAUUAUGGAUAUCAACAAAUCCAUCAAGAACGAGGAGAGGCGGGAAUCGAAGCUGCUCAUUAGACAAACUGUCAAGAACGAGAAUUUUACCUAUGAUGGCAUGUAG